UCCAGUUCACUAGAGAUUACGUAUAAUUUCAGCACUCGUUCAGAUAUUUUGCAAUAUCCGGGAAAAAUUUUGAUCAUUAACGUCUCGGGGUAUUGGCAUAACGUUUCCUAGUGCAGUCGAAGGAUUUCUGAAGAUGACAAUUCCUCAGACGAUCAGUUGACUGCCAGUUUCCAGAUUCAUUGGUGGGUUGACAUGUUCGUCAUGAUGAUAAUCAAAAGUGAAAAGCCAUUGAAUAACAAAUGUUUCGUGGACAAUUGCCGGAUAUGUGUUGAGUACUAAAUUUCCGAGGAAAGUAAUUGUGUCUGAAAAAUUGGAGGUGGAUACAAGAUUCUAUAUCUCACUGGGUAUUGAUGCCAUCAAUCAAAUAUGGACACUCGAAUCAUGAUCAGUCUUCUAAUCAUGUUCCUCUGCAAGUGGAUUAACGCAGUUGGGGCAGACGAUAAAAGUCAUGAGAGUGAUUUGAUCACAACUGAGAAGACAGCAGUUGCCACGACAGUGCAAUCAUUCAGAUCAUCAAGGGCGUAUCGACGGGGCCAUGACAUCGACGAUGAUCACGAUCACGAUGGCCAUGCGGAUCAAGAUGACGAAAUGGAGGACUCGAAAUCGAUGGCUAAGAGCGAGUACUGGGGUGGUUACUACGAUUUUUUGAUUAACGAGGGGAGCUACAAGUUCUGGGCUGUAUUUCAGCUUGCCACUGCUGCACUCCUCAUCUACAGUGGAUUUGCUGCCCUUUAUUACGCCAAGGUAAAUCCAUCUAUCCCGGACGACUACGAUGAUUAUUUUCUCCGUCGAAGAAGAAGACGGCGUGACACUGACAGUCCGUUAUUUUUUGGUAUAGACAGUGCAACAUUCCAGCGAAUAAUGGACUCACUAGCAAGAAGAAAUAAUGAUAUAAUGUAUUAA